AUGUCGUGGAUACCUACUCUUCUGAAGAAAGAAAGGGCAUCGCGGAAGUAUAUCGAUCUCGUUAAGAGUGCGACGGAUAAAUAUGCAAGCUGGGAGCCAUCACUUCCCAUCGUACCAGGAGACUACGGCUUGGUUGAUAGGCGAUCUGGCCAGUUCGAAAAACAUGGGAAUAUCUACCAAGAAGAAGAUAUUAAGGACCUCACAUUGAAAUACCCGCCAGAGACAGGACCUGAGGUUGACGAUUAUCGGAUACAUUCUACGAAUACAAGAACAGUAACCCUCGGUCCCGAUGUACAUGCGACGUUUCUCGGUGCUGUCCAACCGGCGCUAGGCGGACAAUGGCGAUUCGGUAGACAUCGUGGAGCGCUCCUCCUUAUGUAUAGACAGCGCAUCACGAGAGUCCCUCACGAGCUUCUGGAACAAUUGAGGAUAUCUGAUUGGGUGAAAGGACGGCAUAUUGUGACACAGGUUCACAAUUGCCCCGCUUAUGCUCUCUACCUUUCUGACAGGAGCAGUGAGACUGUCAGUAUCAGCCUUCGUGUAGAUGUUCCUGUCCCGACUGUUCCGGGAUUAACUGCCGGAGCUGGACUCACUGCAUCAUGGGUCGCAAAGGGUGUCACCGGAAUUUUUCAGAGAGCCUCUAAUUCCGAAGCCGUCUUUGCGCCAUUAUAUCAGCUCAAGGAAGUCGGAAGACGUGCUGGAAGGAGGCAACAAGCUCCGGGUGCUAAUGAAGAUGAGACUGAGCUCACCGAAGAAUGGCAACUGGUCGAAGCACCAUGGAACUUUCUCGAUGAGGACGGAGAAGAGGAGACAAGAGAGUUGCCGAAUCAGUCCGAUGAUGAAUGAAUGCUAUAAUUUAGAGGACCGCCACAUUUCACUUGAAAUUAUCUCUUGGACU